AUGGCAUAUAAAGCUAACAAUGCCAAUAAGCAGUCAAAGUUAUCAUUCAGUCAACGCAUUCUUAGUCUCAACUCUAAUAGGCACUCUCAACAUAAUGAAAAGAACUUCAUUCUUCUUAGUAUUAACACACAAAAAUGUAAAGCGGCAUCAUCAAUGGUGAUAAAAAUUGCAGAGGAACAUAAAGCCGAUAUAAUUUGUCUGCAGGAACCAUACCUGGUCUCUAACACCAUAGUGCGAUAUGGGCGGUGGAGGGUGUUUCCAAGCAAAGUAUAUACUGAUGUCCUCAAAACAAGCAUUCUGAUUACUAAUAAAAACAUACCUGCUAACUAUUGCAAUGAUCUCAGUAACGAAUGUGUCACUACCAUACUCAUUACAAUAAAUAAUAAGGAAAUUUACAUUUCUUUGGUAUACUGCUCUCCUUACCUUAAUAUUGAUAUAAUUAUUGAUAAGUUACAACGAAUUCAUAAUCAUCUUAAAAAUCAUAUAUGGUUAAUUACUGGUGACUUUAACGCUAAAUCGCCUAUAUGGCAUAGCCCAGAGGAGGAUAAUCGUGGAUAUAAGAUAUGUGAAUAUAUGUCAACAAACCAUUUUGUUUCAUGCAAUAGUAGUCCUCUACCUACUUAUUAUUGUGAUAGAGGCAAGAGCUGGGUGGACAUAGUACUGGCAAAUAAUAAAGCACAAUGUCUAAUCAAAUCAUGUUAUACCAUAGACGAAACAGGCAGUAGUGAUCACAGAUAUAUUAAAACGAUAAUUGAAAAUACUUGCCAAAAUUAUAAACAACAUAACAUAUCAAAGAAGACAAAUUGGAACUACUUCCAAGAACUAUUCAAAUAUCAAUGGGGACAAAUCAACAAUCUUUAUGAGAUACAUAGUUCAGAGGCACUAGCGGAACAUCUUACUCAAUCUAUUGUAAAUGCUUUUCAUCAAGCAACGACUACAAAGAAAGUGACUAGAACCAGUGCUCCAUAG